AUGUCGUUUUCAGUGCCGAAUUCAGUCAAAGUGUCUUACGAUGAUGAUGAGAUACCGAUAUUAUCGUAUACUAAUGAUACACCCAUAGCGACAGGUAUACGAAGUGAAUUAAAUCGAAAAGAAUACGAAAAUAAUACUUAUAUAGACUGGAACAAGGAAUCGAUGUUAGAACCUAAAUCUUCAGAUGUCGUUUAUCGGAAGUGGGCCACUAUUAUCGUGCUGUCGAUUAUUUUGGGGUACGUGACAACAUUCAUUGAUUUGGCGUCGGUGUGGCUUAAUGAUGUAAAAAAGGGACUUUGCUAUGGGGAGAUGGAUAAAUGGUCGCUUUCGAACCCGUACCUGACGUGUCCAGCUGAAGAUUGGUAUGACUGGUCGCAGAUCUUGGUAGGGAGUCAAGGGUUUAUCUCGAAUAUGUUUAUCAAUUUUCCUAUAUACUUCGUUUUUGCCGGAUGCUGGAUAGCGGUAGCGGCUUAUAUCACGAUAAACCGAGAUAUUUUUAUCAAGCAAUCAGGAAUCCCCGAAAUUAAGAUCAUUAUCUCUGGAUUCAACUAUGAUUUGCCGGUAUACUUAGGAAUGCACACUUUCAUCUACAAGAUAUUCGGGUUGAUCCUCGUUGUCAGCUCGGGCCUCUGGUUGGGAAAGGAAGGUCCGUUGGUGCACGUUUCGUGCUGCAUCCUUAAUAUACUCUAUGACGCUAUUGUGAAUAAGAACAAUCAGAAUGAGGCCGUCAGAAGAGAGCUCUUGAGUGCUGCAACGGCUACGGGGAUAUCCGUUGCUUUUAAUGCACCAAUUGGUGGUGUUCUUUUUGUAUUGGAGAGCAUGCCUAGUUUUUUCAUGCCUACCAAGGUUAUGUGGAAUUCCUUCUUGAGUGCUACCACUGCUGUGGUGGUUCUUACUGGGUUUAAGUUAUUUACAGAGGGAGAAAACUUUUAUGAGAAGGAUUUGUUCCGAGUGAACUUUGGAAAUUUCAGUUGGCUCUUCGUAGAGCUUAUUCCCUUUGUUAUCUUGGGGGUUCUUGGUGCAUUUUAUGGGUAUAUAUUCAUUAACUUCAAUGCAAAGUUCUCCUCAAAACACUUCAGAGGUAGAGUACAAGAGAAAUUGUGCCAGGUUUUUAAGGUAUCCGACUCUUGGGGCAAGUAUUUGGAAAUUCUUACUAUUGUUGUGCUAACAACUAUACUCAAUUUCCCGUUUGAAAUGACAAAGUUACCAUUGCAUGCAUUUUUGAAAAUAUUGUUUACUGAUUGUCCGGACGAUUCUAAUACAGAUUUAGAUUCUAACUCUUCUAACUUCAUGUGUCUGCCGUCAAAUGGCAUUACCAGUUUGAAAUUGCUCUACAUUAUUGUUCAAGGGUUCUUUCUUACAUCGUAUACAUACGGAGUCAAUUUACCUGGUGGUGUUUUGAUGCCGUCGUUGGUUUUGGGUGCCACAACAGGAAGGUUGCUAGGAAUUAUUUCGCAAGCCUUGCAAAACCAAAUUAACUGGGACUCUUUGGCAACUUGUACACAAAAUUCAUGUCUCGUUUCGCCAUCGUCAUAUGCUGUAAUUGGAGCAGCAUCCUUCAUGGCAGGAAUAACAAAAUUAACGAUGUGUGUUGUUGUGAUAAUGUUUGAAUUAACCGGUGCAAUUACAUAUGUUUUACCCAUUAUGUGUUCUGUCAUGAUUCUGAAAUUUGUUAAUGAUUGGCUCUGUAACGACAACAUCUAUGAUGCCUGGUUGAAGAAUCAUUUUAAUAGAUAUGACAGCAACAAAGGUGAACCAAACGAGGGAAAGGGAAACGGUUUAUGUGACUUCACAAAUUUGACUGCUACAGUAAAAAACAGAUUACCUGAUGUCACGAUAGCUAGGGCAAUGGUUCCCAUAGAGAGGACUAAAUACGUUUGCCUUAUCCCUGAACAACCGUACACAAAUAAAACAUUAUAUCAAUUUAUGAACGAUGAUAAUCACGAAGGCUAUCCAUUAAUCGUGAACGAAUCAAACCCAAUCAGUUUAGGAUAUGCCUAUAAGACGAAUAUUGCUUCAAAGUUAUCGACAAUAGAUGAUGCAUUGGACGAUUCCGUUAUCAGCUUUCAGAUCCAAGGCUUACCAAAUCAUAUACUUUCCCAACAAUUACAUUAUGAGCGUUCUUUUGAAACGAAGAAUAUUAUACGAUUGGACAUUACCACUGAAAAUUCCGUUAUCAUUACCAAUGACCAGACACCUUUAGUUUUAGUUUUAGAAAUGUUCGAAAAAUUAAGCUUGAACUAUCUAAUUAUAAUGAAUCAUAAUCCUCAUGUGGAUCAGCUCAUGAGUGGUUUUAUCGAUCGUUUCAUAGUAUCCCGAUUGAUAAAUCUGAAUUUCCGUAAGCUACAAGGUGAGGACGCAGAUUCAGAAAGUAUGCAAGAUUAUGACAUUGAGAACAUGUUGGAAGAUGACCACUUAUUAAGUACUCGGUUGGACCGUAUGAGUGUAGAAUUGAUUACAUAG